GUUUUGGCCGAGCAGAGCUUCUGUUUGUUUCACUCCAUGCUUGCGAUGGCUGAUGAUAUCAAGUUCCUCCUUUUGGUUUUACUCUUGAGCUGCUCAACGUUGUGUUUUGGUUCUGAAGCUGAUAUCCAGUGUCUGAAGUCUGUGCAACAAUCAGUGAAUGAUCCCAACGGUGUACUCAAAUCCUCAUGGAUCUUUAAAAAUGCCACCGAAGGUUACAUCUGCCUCUUUACUGGUGUGGAAUGUUGGCACCCCGACGAGAAUAGGAUUUUCUCUCUGCGUUUGGGCAACCUUGGACUUCAAGGUUCAUUUCCUCGUGGUCUACAGAACUGUUCAAGCGUGACAGGCAUGGACCUGUCAAAUAACAAUUUGUCAGGACCAAUCCCUCAGGAAAUUUCACGGGAGAUGCCGUAUCUGACAUUUCUCGAUCUUUCGUACAAUAGCUUUUCGGGUUCAAUCCCACAGAAUAUCUCAAAUAUGACAUAUCUGAAUCUCCUCAAUCUCCAGCAUAACCAACUUAGCGGUCAAAUUCCACCGCAAUUCGAUUUGCUUACUCGGUUAAUCGCAUUCAAUGUAGCGGAGAACUUGUUAUCAGGGCCUAUUCCUCCUUUGCUACAGAACUUUCCGGCUUCGAACUUUGCUGGUAACCAAAGGCUUUGUGGUGCACCAUUGCAUGAUUGUACCCCCUCGAGGAGGAGAUGGAGGCCGGUACGAAUCAAGCUGCACAGGCUCAACGACCAGUCGAGCAUCGGAGCGGCCGUCGGAUUCGUCAUGGGGUUUUUGGUGGCCUUCUACUUCCCGCGCUGCUUCGUCUGUUCCGUGAGGCUCCGAGCCUACGUCGUCCGCAUAUGA